GUGCUGUGCUGAUUUUGCAUCUGUCAUCUUCUGAUGUUCAAGAUCAUUUUUACCCUGUGAAUGCCAACGACCUGUGUAUUGGACGAGCCAGGGUAGAUGAAAAAUCAUUGAUGUUGUACCCAAUCCCAUAGAAUUCUCGGAACUCUUGAUCGGCUUUAUUGGAUCUUGAAUAAGUACGAUCCGGGAUGCAAUAAAUGCAACAAAGAGAAAGACGUUUUGCCAGUAUUUUUUACCCCAGGAAUUUUUUGCUUACGCCACCUGCAGGCAUUUGUUUUUUCCCUGGACGCUUUCUUUAUUGGAAAGCGGACAACUAACAGAUUGCAUAAACGAACUAGUCGUGGUAUCUUAUAGACGGUCUUGGUGUACAACAAGUACAUCGUAAAGCCUUCUUUCAGCAACCUCGCUAGUCCAGCACCGCUUCUCAACAGACAGUAGAAAGAAUUUUAUCUACUUGUGCUUUCGUUAAGGUUCCCUCGAUUUAUUGUUUUUCUUAUCCCGAAAUAAACGUAAUUCAUCAAGAUGAGUAUUGUGCAACAGCGGGAGAUGAGUAGUUCCUUGAAGGAGCGGCUGGAGGUUGCAUGCGCGGGUUUGUUCGGGCGAUGGGAGGCUGUUCCUGGGCAGAGAGGCGAUGAUCCGGAUCCAGAGCACGAUGAGAAGUUCAUGGACGUCAGUAGCGACGAAGUGAAUUUCCAUGGCCUUCAGAGAAGAACCAAUUUCGUGAUUAAGCACACAGGCAGAGGCCCACACCCACGGGAAGCCUGGAAGAAGCUUGAAAUUACCUCACCGCCUGAGGAUGGAGGUGGAGGUGGAAACGCUGCUGCAUGCAGCAUUACACUUGAGACGAGCCUGAAAGAGCAGAUCGUGAUACGCUACGACCCCCAGCACGAGGUUUUGGGGUCGGACCGUCUCCUCGUUUUGUUUGAUUACGACCCGAGCAUGUCACCAGUGGAAGUGGUCUACGUGCGAAGUGGCAGUGACGCUGCUGUCCAAUCUACAACGAAGACUCUGAACGCGGUAACGGCGAUGAGAACCAUGACUACGCAGGGAGCAAGUAGAGGACGAGAACUGGACGGCAGAGAAAUGACAGCAACAAGAAAACAAAAUCGGGAACAGUGCCUGUUAAAAAGAGGAUGUUGUGGUUGAAGCUGAGAUUGAGAUGGAUAUCCGAAGUUGGAUUUGUUGAGGACACGAUGAGAAUGCUUCGACUUCUCAUGCUGACUACUACUUUUAAUUCAGAUUUUCUUUAUGAGCUGCUCAUCGAUCCAUAUGCUAUACCGACUUCUUGGUUUUUGGCAGCUAUGCAGUAGGAGCGCAUAUUAUGCUGAACAAUGAUCAUGAUCAUUGAUGAAGAUGUUCAUGCUUGCACCCAGGAAUUGCUGAACACGAUCGUGAAUAUGCCGUCAGUCGUGAAGAUAG